AUGGCUGCCCCUCCCGCUGGUUCUUCUCCCGUUACCAACGAUGGGCGCUCCAGUAAGCCACACCAUGCAAGCCGACUAAACGGACCUCUCAAGUACUCGGGUAGCCUCGACCAGUAUGAGUCAUUUGACCUGACCGCUGCCAUUGGACGGGAAUUCUCGACGUUGCAAUUGAGCGACAUAGUGCAUGACGACGCGAAGGUCCGGGACGUGGGCAUUACGGUCUCGCAACGUGGUGUGGUUUUCUUUCGCAAUCAGGACUUGAACAUCGAGGAUCAAAAGACCUUGGCUGUCAAAAUCGGACAUCUGACUGGAAGACCUGAGACUUCGCGCCUCCAUAAACAUCCCCUGGCCAACAGCAAGCGUGGGGUUGCUGUGGACGAAGGUGGAAAGGUUGAUGAUGAGGUCACAAUCAUGUCUUCCGAGCAGAACAAGAGGUACUACAAAAAUCGAUGCGGUCCUACGGCGAAGAGGCUAGCAAGUGAGGGAUGGCAUUCCGAUAUCACAUUCGAGCCUGUGCCAUCGGAUUAUGCCAUCCUUAAGAUUGUCACUCUUCCUGAAGAUGCUGGAGGAGAUACUCUCUGGGCAUCUGGAUAUGAAGCCUACGAUCGACUCUCCCCUGCGUGGAAGAAAUUUGCCGAGAGUCUGUCAGCCACUCACUAUCAGCCCGCUUUCAAUGAGGCGGUGAAAGAUCAGGACAUGGAGCUGAUCACUGAGAAUCGGGGCAAUCCAGUCAAUAGCGGAGUGGAUUUCAAGGUUUCCCACCCUGUGGUACGCACAAAUCCCGUAACUGGGUGGAAAAGUCUUUUCGCGGCCGGAUUCCAAAUCCGUGCAGGUUGGAUUGACGACGUGACUGACUAUGAAAGUGAAAUAUUGAAAACUUAUUUCUUAAAAUUGGUUUCCGAGAACCAUGAUCUCCAGGUCCGCUUCCGUUGGAGCAAAAAUGACAUCGCCAUCUGGGACAACCGGUCCGUCUUCCAUACUGCCACAUAUGACUACACCGGUCUACGACAGGGAAACCGUGUUGUCUCACUGGGAGAGAGGCCAUUUUAUGAUGCAAACUCGGUUUCGCGGAGAGAGGCACUUGGUUUGGCAACCUAG